AUGGAGUCUUCAAGCUGGCCUCUCAUCGCUACGUUCUUUUACAUCACAGACAACUUAACCGUCGAAAAAUGGAAGUUUGGAAAUCCAAAGUUUGCCUAUCUCUACAAAAAACUGACGUCAGACCUUGAAGAUUGCAUGGAUAAUUACACAAACACCCUUCAAAAAUUUCAAUCUUAUGACGAAGAUGACGGUGAAUGCAACAACAAGUUGAUGUCAGCAUUUUUGGUGCUUUUUAACGGCGCCGAGCGUCAUCAUGUUAAAUUUGGGCUUAAUUUCCAUGAAAUAAGCUCCAAAAUGCCGAUGACAAAUUCCGAUUCUGGAUUGUAUGAAGUAUGGGUUGAAUUUUUCAAAGAAUUGCUGCACAAAACAAACGAAGAAAAUGUUUUCCUCGACGCAAUUGACGAAAAACACGCUCUCAACUCCGCGGAUCAAAAAUUCUGCAAGUCUGACGUCUAUAUUAACACAAGUCUCAACCUGAUGUAUAUAUCUUGGAUAAAACAGGAGAGUUAUCGAAUCCGCAAAGACGAGUCUUCUCCAAAUGCAAAGUGGACCAAAAUGGAUUCAUUACGACUAAGCCGGCGGAAUAUUGUGGUCGAAGUUGUUAUAUGCAAAACGAUAUCAAAACACCAAGGGAGCGAUGACACUCUUUGUGCGGAUGUUGUUGAUCAUGGCUUGUUGUCGAUCAGAUCAACUGACUCGUUUAUAGAAGGACAAAACACACCGAAAUUGAGAGUUCGGCUCGAAAUGUUCUUAAUCGACCUUUAUUACCACGAAAUUGCCACCAUGAUAGUCGUCGCUGUAAUGUUCCUUUUGUGGUUUGAAUUCAAGGUGCUAUACAGAAGUAGGAGUGGGGGUGGUGGUGGCAGUCACACAUUUCCCGUCGAUAUUAUUGAAAAACCCUCAUCAAAUUAUAAACCGUGUCUUCGAUGUGGAAGAUACUUUGCAAAAAAUCAAUUAAAACGACAUAAAGAAACGAAUUGCUCGAGAUCCUGCGAAAUUUGUUCAAUGAAUUUCAUUGAUAUAACCGAGUUCAAUAAUCAUCAGUGCGUUAAACGAAAAACAGGAAGAAUCUUCGAAUUUUUCGAUGCAGAUUUGGUUAUGCAUAACGCAAAAUUAAAUUUCUCCAGACAGAAAAAACUGAGUCGUAAAUGUGGAUAUUGCAGCAUUGUUCUCCGAAAAUCGGAAAUGGAAAUUCACAGGGAAUUCCCUGCGGAAAUUGCGGUCACAACUAUCCAAUCGAAUUGA